GACAAAUAAUUAUUAUUCCUUAAUUUCACAAAAAAAGGUGUCAUUAAUGGGAGAUUUUGUCCAUCUACAAAGAAAUCCUGAAUUUCGGAGUAAACAAGAUUUACAAAAUGAAUUUCAAUUUAAUCCUGUCAAUCGACGUCAUUCAGUCCAGAUUACUUGUGGAACUCAAGAAGAAAAGCCCCCAAUCCAUCAACGGACAUUCUCUGCCCAAUUAAAUAACCAAACAAAUAAUCAUCGGCGUCAACGAUCAGAAGCUUUAAUGAAAACAAAUUCAAAUAAUUUUGAAGAAAGAAGACAAAAACAACAAAGAAGAGUAUCCGAACCUUUUAUUUUUCUACCUAAUAAUUUUGGAAAUAAUUUUGGAAAUGAAAGGAAACGACGUUCACCAAUUAAAUGCCAAUCAUUUGAUUGUUCUUUUUCUACUGAACAACAACAAUUAGAUACAAAUAAUUUACAUUCUAAUUCUGAUUCCUAUUCAUUAGAGGGACGUUUAACCCCUUCCUCCCUCUCAAAAUCAGCUACAUUUUCUAAACUUUUCUCUCAACAAUUACCUAUUGAAGAAGUUGAGGAAUACGAAACAGACAUGGAUGGACAAAGAAGACAAAGUACUGCUAGAAGACCCCAAAUUGAACAAAUGCAUUAUGGGACUAUAAUUCGACUUUAGUGUAAAAAUUAAACAAAAAUUAUAACGGUGAAUUUAAAAAUUGAAAUAAAUUUUUUUGAAUUAAUUUUUUGAAACAAAUUUAUUUGUAACCUUAAAAAUUUGUUUAAAAAUUCAGAUAUUUUUCAAUAUACAAAAACCUUCUCAUUUACUUUAACAACCUUUAUUCUUCCCGCUCUUCAUAUUCCUUGUUUCAAUAAAGGAAAAGACUUAGUCCGGUUAGCACUUAUCGAA